AUGGCAGAACGUGGUGGAACUCGAGGUGGCUUUGGUACACGAGGGGGCCGUUCCGGUGGUUUUCGUGGUGAAGGUGGCCAAGGUCGCGGUCGAGGCCGUGGUGAAAGCCGUGGUCGAGGUCGUGGCCGUCGUGGUCAACGUCCAAAAGAAGAUUCAACUAAAGCAUGGGUUCCUGUAACAAAAUUAGGUAGAUUAGUUAACGAUGGCAAAAUUCGGUCACUCGAAGAAAUUUAUCUAUUUUCAUUACCUAUCAAAGAAGCCGAUAUUAUCGAUCGUCUCUUACCUAGUCUUAAAGAUGAGGUACUUAAAAUUAUGCCCGUACAAAAACAAACUCGAGCCGGUCAACGUACUCGUUUCAAAGCCAUUGUUGUUGUUGGUGAUGGUAACGGUCAUAUUGGUCUUGGUGUUAAAUGUUCAAAAGAAGUAGCAACAGCUAUUCGCGGUGCCAUUGUUCUUGCCAAACUUUCUGUUAUUCCUGUACGACGAGGUUAUUGGGGUAACAAAAUUGGUUUACCACAUACAGUACCAUGCAAAGUAACAGGCUCAUGUGGUAGUGUACUCGUACGUUUAAUUCCAGCUCCUCGUGGUACAAGUCUUGUAUGCGCUCCAGUACCAAAAAAACUUUUACAAAUGGCUGGUAUUCAAGAUUGUUGGACAGCUGCUAAAGGAUGUACUGCUACACUUGGCAAUUUCGCUAAAGCAACAUAUGAAGCGAUGGCCAUGACAUAUUCAUAUUUAACACCUGAUCUAUGGAAAGAAACAGUAUAUACCAAAGCACCAUUUCAAGAAUAUAGUGAUCAUCUUGCCAAUACACAUAAGAAAUACACUGUUGGUUUAGGUGACAAAAGUUUUCAAUAG